AGUACCCCUCUCUCUAGACUUACUCCAGAGAGAGAAGAAACAAAAGAGUGAGUGAGACAAAGUAGAAGACCAAAGUAGAAGACCAUAAACCCAAAAUAAAAGGAAACGUGAAAUUAAAGGUUAGGCCUUGGGUUGGUUAUGGUGGAAAAUUCACUACCCCUUCUAAGAAUCAGAUCUCGCUCUGUCUCUUCUUUCUCUCAUCAUCAUCAUCUUCUUUUUCAUCCUCCAUGCUCUUCCUCCUCUUCUUCAGCUCCGUCUCGAAUGGUGUUGAAACCAGCAGUAAGUUAGCCCCAGUCUUCCUCGGCGGCGGAUUCUAGCUAGAAACGGCGGCGUGGAAUGCCGGAAUAACUGUCGCCGUCAGGGCCUUGGCCGGAAUCUCCAUGGCUGGCCGCUGUUGUAUUCUACACUUCUAGGUCAUAACUAACCUCGUAUUUGAUUUGAUUUGAUCCGAAGAAAUCAAUGGAUUUUUCGCAGAAAACAGUAGGUGUAAAUUAAUAGAUAGAUGAGAACUCUUCGACGAAGUCACACUUCGUCGCCAUCGUCUUCAAAUUCUUCGUCUUCGUCUUCGCCGUGGAUUCAUUUGAGAUCGGUUUUCCUCGUAGUUGCGGCCUCCUCUCCAGCUUAUUGUUCUUCUUCUUCUUCUUCUUCAGAUCGGGGUCGUCUCAAAUCACCAUGGUCCCGCAGGAAAAGAAAACAUACCCUUUCACCUCAGCAGUGGAGAAGUUUGUUUACACCAGAUGGAAAGCUUCGUCAUGGUGGAGUGAAAUUUUUGAAAAAAGUUCGAAGUGGAGGUGUUGAUCCAAGUAUCAGGUUGGAGGUUUGGCCGUUCCUUCUUGGAGUCUAUAACUUAAACAGCUCCAAAGAAGAAAGAGAAGUUUUAAGAACACAGAAGAGAAAGGAAUAUGAAAUACUUCGAAGGCAAUGCCGACGACUUAUAAAAUGCAGUGAUGACAGUAUAAAUUUGAGGGAAACUGGUGGAACUAACAGUAGUGGAGAUAGUGGGAGUUUCAAUCAAGGCAUAGAUUCUCCAGACUAUGAAGAUGUCGUUAGUGCCAGGGACUCACUGUCUAGUGAGGAAAGGAACCCAUACGUUGAGCAUUCCAACCACCCCUGCAGUGCAUUGAUGGAAGGAGAUUUGGGUUCAAGACAAGUCACUGAUCCAAAUUCCCCUGCAUUUGACACUGAAUCAUCGGACUCCGACUCCUCGGAUGACCCUGAAGUGAGUAAUACUUUCCCCACUACUGAGAGUGAAAAUGAUCCAUCCAAGGAGGAUUCUUCCCCCUCCAGGACAGAAGUCCAGUCAAAACUCCACACCUCCGAAGAUUUUUCCACAUGGCAACGAAUCAUCCGCCUGGAUGCAGUUCGUGCAAAUGAAGAAUGGAUAGCAUACUCCCCAACUCAGGCUGGAGUAUCAGUUGAAAGGGCAUGCCGGUCUGCUGAGGCCGUUGGAUUAAGAGAUUAUGAACACCUAGAGCCUUGCAGGAUCUUCCACGCUGCUCGAUUAGUUGCCAUCCUCGAAGCCUAUGCACUUUACGAUCCUGAAAUUGGUUACUGCCAGGGGAUGAGUGAUUUACUUUCUCCAAUAAUUACCGUGAUAACAGAUGACCACGAGGCUUUCUGGUGUUUCGUUGGUUUUAUGAAGAAAGCUCGGCAUAAUUUCAGGCUCGAUGAGGUAGGUAUCAGGAGGCAACUGAACACUGUUUCUAAAAUUAUUAAACACAAGGAUUCUCAUCUUUACAGACAUUUGGAGAAGCUCGAGGCAGAAGAUUGUUUUUUCGUUUACAGGAUGGUGAUUGUACUCUUCAGAAGGGAAUUAACCUUCGAGCAGACAAUUGGACUUUGGGAGGUAAUGUGGGCCAACCAGGCAGCAAUUAGGGCUGGGAUUGGAAAGUCUGCGUGGAGCAGGAUAAGGCAGCGUGCCCCACCGACAGAAGAUCUGUUACUUUAUGCAAUUGCUGCUUCGGUAUUACAAAGGAGGAAACAAAUCAUAGAGAAAUAUAGUAGCAUGGAUGAGAUAUUAAGAGAGUGCAAUAGCAUGGCUGGGCAUCUUGAUGUAUGGAAGCUCCUUGACGACGCGCACAAUUUGGUGGUGAACCUCCACGACAAGAUAUAGGCACCCUUGCAGUGUUGGUCCUGGAAUGUUGUUCGGUAAUUCAUUCUCUGCAGUAUGGUCUAUGAAGUCUCUUUAUGCAUAGAACACGGGCCAUCCUGUGGGGUAAUUAUUACGUCAGUUUUAUUCUCAAACUACUCAUAGUCAGCCACGGAGUAAAAAAAGGGACUCAACCCCGCUUUUCACUUUUUUCUCUGUGGCCAGGGUGGAAGGUAAUAUGGUGGUUUAGAACUGUAGUAUAAUUUUUUCCGUGGUGAAGCAUAGUCCUGCUGCCAUCACUAGUCAAAUGUACCCAUUUUGGAUUUGAAAAAAAGAAGAAGAAAGGAAUACUUUUUCUCUUCUUAAUGGCUUUGCAAACUUAAAGAUGAGACCAACCCGUGGAAGUGAUUGUCGAAAAACUUGUAGUCUCAGAAUAAUCUCUUAAUUAUAGCAUCUGUCUAUUCCAUGUAGAUUGAUUAUGAGUAAUAUUAUGUUCAUUUUCGGGCCUUGAGAAUUCGUAGGUUGACCCAAAAAUUAUGCAAA